AUGCCGACCUUUCAUAACAAUGACAGCAGGCAAUCCCUUAUUGGCUCAGAGACUUCAGAACUAGACAUUUUACCUUUACCAAAUCAUGGGAAUUCUAUAGAUGACCCGGACGUGUCACGCAUGGCGACACUGACGGGCUCGAAACAUGUACAAGGUCCCAAAUGGGCCCAUCCUCUUAUUCUCACGGCGGCUUUCUUUGCAAAUCAAAGUAUUUGGAGCACGGAAAUGGCUUACGCAUCUCCAUUCUUGCAAUCUCUUGGUCUCUCAAGGUUCCAAAUCGCACUCGUAUUUCUUGCGGCACCAUUAUCUGGUCUCAUCGUUCAACCUGCCAUCGGCGCGUCGUCGGAUCGCUGUACAUCCCGCUUUGGACGACGCAGACCGUUCAUGUUCAUCGGAUCAAUUCUAUGUGGUCUCUUUAUGCUUCUGCUUGCAUGGUCAUUGGAAGUUGGCGAGGCUCUCGGCGGUGGACAUAACCUAGAGUCACUAUCGCCAUUCUUUCCUUCUACUGUGUGGACUUCACUAUCAACGCUGGUUCUAAUCGCGGCGAGCCGAACCCUAGUCGUUGACACGCUUGCGAAAUCUGAACAAGAGGAAGCAAACAUGUGGAUUAGUCGCAUGACUGGUCUCGGCGCCUUGGGAGGUUUCUUCGUUGGGCAUCUUCACUUGACAUCUUUGCCGCUCAUUCGCAAUCUCGGAGAAACACAGCUUCAAGUGCUUUCUGCACUUGUUGCGGUUCUCUUGAUCAGUUUUCAUCUGGGUACUUGCCUCUUGGUUCGCGAGCGCGUGCUCGUCCGACGAGACGAAUCGCGUACUCACCUAUCACUUGAUAAAUAUGUCAAGUCGGCCAUGACGUUUGUUCGAAAGCACACGGUCCACCUGCCAUUGCAGAUAAAGAGAGUGUGCUGGAUCCUUUUCCUCUCCUGGAUCGGUUGGUUUCCCUUCAUGUUUUUCGGUGCACUGUGGAUAGGCGACAUCUACCGACGGGAGCAUAGUAACAAGAGCGACUAUCGUACUGUUGAAGAAAUUGACCAGGAAGCCUCCCAGGCGUCUGCGCAAAGCAUGAUGUAUUAUGCCUUGGUCGCAUUUCUAUCCUCUUUGCUUCUACCUUUGGUCGUUGCACCUCAGAAGCUGCUUCAGGAGGGUACAGAGACAUUGGAGGAGUCUUUUUCGAGGUCUCAAUGGCUUAUUCGACCUCUUCAGAAGAGAUUCAACCUCUUGACUGUCUGGGCUUUCAGCCAGGUCGUCUUUGCCCUCUGCCUAUUCUCAACAGUAUGGACAACAACUUACGCGGGCGCCUCCAUUAUUUAUGCGAUUUGCGGCUUCCCCAGUGCUCUACUACACUGGGCGCCCCAUGCAAUCCUUGGAGAGUCGAUCCUCGCUGAAGUGUAUGAGAUGCCACCGCCCGCUAGUGGACAAGAACAAACGGCGCUAUUGGCAGAUGAAGAAGCGGUUGCAGCACCACUUCCGUCUCCCAGAGGAAGGCGCAAACCCGAGCAAGGUGUUCGAGAUAAUCCCGGCAUCGUUCUUGGCGUGGCAAACGUGGCUGUAGUCAGCCCGCAGUUUAUCGUCAUUGCCAUCUCUGCAAUCAUUUUUGCAAUCUUUGAGCCUGGUCGUAGCGUCAUUCCGGGCCAUGGUGGUGGCGGCAGGAAACCGUCCGAGCAGUUCGACUCGAUCACAAUGGUGUUCUGUCUCGGAGGCGCCUGUGCACUAGCAUGCAUCCCCAUAAUACGCAAACUUAGAAGAGAGUAUGACUAA